UCCAAAUCCGCAAAAAUCCAGUAUUGGAAGGCAUAUCCACCAAUCCUUUCGUCGCGACCACCUCGGCGACAUGUGGCAGCGACCAACCCUGGAAGCGGCGUCGUCGCGGGCGUCUCUCGUCGCGAGCGCGCGCCUGGCCCGCGAGGAGCGCGAGCGCGUCCGCCAUGAAGAAGCCUGCGCGCGCCUACUGCAGCGCGUGCUCCGCGGUCGGCUCGUGGCGCUGCACCUGUUGCGAGCGCGGGCCGUGAACUUUGACAAGCAGAGCGCCGAUUUGCUCACGCUCUUGCAGCUCGGGAUCCCGCUGCCACUGAUCGCGAUCUUGCCGACCGUGCGCCUCGGCUUGUCGCUCUUUCCGCGCGUCAUUGGCCAGCACAUCUCGGACGAGCUCCGCGGCCGGCUCGUGCAGAUCGUCCAGUUGCUGCAAACGCACUUGGUGCAGCCCAACACGCCCGGGCUGCACGCGAUCUGCGCGCACUACCCGUCGCUCUUUGGGUCGGUGGCGCAGCCCAUCUACGUCCUCGAUCGACUAAUGCAGCUUGUGCUCUACAAGCUGCACAUUUGGCACGUGCGUGAACCGCUCGACUGGAAGCGCCGCGCGCCGCUCGUCGACUACCUCCUGCUGUUGCUCCAGCGGCUCGAAGACGUGGCGUGCAGCGAGAGCUGCGUGCUCUCGGCGCUCCAGAAAGCGUCGUUUGCGCGGAUCCAAGCGUCGCACUUGUACGUCAUCGCGGGCCAGCAGAUCCACACGGUCGUCCAACAUGCGAACGUCGAUGCGACCAACAAUACGAUUCUGCCAUGCGACGAAGCAGCGUACGCGGCCAAGCUCUUCCAGAUCUGCAUGCACAAGCUCGUGUACAAGCAGCUCAACGAGCCCGACUCGUGCUACGAGUCGUACCUGAGCAUGGUGCGCAGCCUUCUCUUGCACGUCCCCGACAUGGUCACCCGCAUGGGCCACUACAUGACCCCGAUCCUCAUCGAGUUUCAAGCACUCUCGCCGAAUGCAAUCAACUGGAAGUUUGUGGCUACGAUCUUGCGCCAAGCGGUGCACCCCGACGCCGAGAGCUCGUACUAUGUGCUCGACGGGGCGCUGAUUUCACCGGGCUUUGAGCAAGCCAUGUACGCCAACCUCGUGACGCACCCGCACGGCGCCGUGUCGUCGGCCGACGCGCUCAUCGGCGCCAUCAACUGCUAUGGCAUGGCGAUCCAGUCCGAGUUUAUCGAGUGCUGUCGGCGCAUCGACGCCAGCGAUGACGACGACAAGGUCGCUCUGUACGGUAUCUUUGACGACGUGCUCCGGCUCGUCAAGUGCUUCUCGGGUCGCGCAUGGUGCUACUGUGAAGAGGGCCGCGUUGCCCUUGCCAGCGACGACAUUGAACGUGCGACGAUGCUGCUCAAGCACAUGCAGACGCUGCCACCCGACUUGCCAUCGUCCGUGCGCAAGGACGUCCAGCGCCUCCAGAUCGACUGCUUCCUCGUCCACGCCCGCGUCCAUGAGGCGCUCGGCCAGCUUCAAGAGGCGCAUGACAACCUCACGCUUGUGCUCAAGCUCGGCUCGAAAUUGCUCGGCGUUUCCGCUUGGAAGCAAACCAAGCUGCGGCAAGUCGCGCUGGCCGAGUCGCUGCAGCUGCGCCCACAGAAACACUCGGUCACGGCGUCGCAUAGCACCGGCCUCCAACCUCCCAACGAUAAUGACGACGCGAGUAGCAACAACAACGAGGCGCCGGCCGUCGCCUCGGACAGCACCAAGCGCAAAAAGAGCAAAAAAAAGAAGCCGAAGCCAGAACUCGAAGUCAAGGAGAAGGCGCCGUCGAUCUAUGCGCGUCUCCUGAGCGAACCCCGCGAACCAGUGACGCAUGGCCCGUCGCAUGAGGCCCUUGCCGCCGAGCACAAGGCCGUGACGGAGCGUAUCUAUGAACACGAGUCGGCGGCGAUCACCGCGCGGGUGGCGGCAGUGACGCUUGCCAGGCAAGGCGCGGGUGCCAGCGCGCCGGUAGCCACGCCGCCGUUGCCACCGGCUCCACGCCCACCGGCUCCAUCAAUGCCUCCGCCGUUGCCGUCAGUGCCACCACCGCCGUUGCCUCCGCCCACGGUCGCACCGCCAAUGCCGACGACGCCACCACCGCCACCGCCGGCGUUUCAGAACGUGUCGCAUGCGCAGCCUGCGCUCGAAGACAAGAUGGCGGUGGCGACCAAGCGGCUGCGGUCGCUCGACUGCCUCUUGGACGGCGCCAACAUUGGCUACUUUCACGGGCGAAAUCUGGGCCGUUUGAAGCGCAAGCAGAAGCGCUUCUCGGCGCGCGGCCUCGCGCUCGCGCUCAGCUACUACAACAAGGCGGCGAGCACGCGGGCGAUCGCGUUCCUGCCCCAGCGGUUUGUGGAGAGCCGCCACGAUGGCAACCUGGCCGACGACGUCGAUGUGCUCUUUGAUCUGAUGGAGAAGCAAGUGCUGUUUCUGACGCCCGCCGGCGUCGACGACGACUUGUUUUUGCUCAAGUACGCAGAGCGGCACAACCUGAGCAUCAUCACCAACGACAACCUCCUCGACCACAUUGAGAACGUCCAGCUCAAGCAGUCGCUGCUGCCCAUAGUGUUUGAGCGCACGGUCAAGUACAUGUUUAUCGAAGAUGAAUUUUUGCCGCUCAACUAACAAGAAAUCUCGUCAAAAGCACUUGGAUCUCACGACGUUCAGCGCUUGUGGGACGUCGCAUCUGGUUACUCGUCAACAUCAUCAGGCCAUCCUCGUGCGUGUGGUGUGUCGUGGUUCUGGCA